UAUACUCGAACAAACUUCUAACCGCUGCAUUUUCUGAAACAAGAGUUUUCGGCAUAGCUCAUCAUUACGAGACAAUUUUAUGCGGAACAUUAUAAUCACUGAUGGGAUAAUAUUAUUUCUUAUUGUUCUCAUCAACAGAUUAUUUCCAUCGGUAUAGCUGUGUGGUUUGUUAACGUGAAUAAUAUUUUUAUGAAGUGAUGAUGAUCCGCUGAUUCUGCUCUUCUCAGAUCAAACAUUUCCCCUGACGUACAAGCUCAUUCUAUUGCUAUUUCCAGAUUUUUCUUUGAUUUUAUAAAUCAAGGUUGCAUGAUGCAAUACAGAACAAUACUAAUACUUUAUACCUUACUUGCUUACUACAAAGUGAAUGGUGUGCGGCCGGGUGAAAGGCGUUGUAAAGAUAAUGCCGUUGCCCGUUACUAUUUAGAUGCAAAAAGAGAACCAAUCCAUGUCCUGCACGAUAUCGACGAUGAGGAUUGCUGGAAGAUACAUGGGCCGGAUGAUCAUCGAGUGAGAAUCAAAUUCUCAAGUUUCAGUCUAACUGCUGGUUAUGACUUUCUUACUAUCGGUGAUCUAUCUGAUGAUAUAAUCUCAUCGAAUAAUCUGCUGGCGAAAUUCAGUGGAGGGAAUCUCCCUGAAGAUGUCGUUUCUCCUAGUAAAGGAAUCUGGAUGGAACUGACCACAAAGAAGAACGUCAGUUCUCAUCGAACUCCAAACAUCAUGUUUUCUAUUCAGAUUGAAAAGAGAAAAGUUGAUAUCAACUUGCCAUGCCCAAAUGAAUCACCCAUGCAAAAACUUACCUACCCUCUAACCAACGUUACGUACAGUAACAAUGGUUAUCGUCUGUGGAAUGUUGCAACACAACCACCGUGUUCGAUCUCGACGAUGAUGACGAGUCUCUGGUUGGAAGGGGGACACGACUUCGUCUUCCUGGGAGAUGGCAUCAGAAAUCCGUUCAGUAGACUAAAGUGGCUCAACUUCACGGGUGAAAAGACACAAGAGCUUCUAUCACAAUAUUCAUAUCAAACAAAUGGAAACAGCAUCACCAUCAUUUUUACAUCCGACUACUCAAGAGUAAAAACUGGUUUUACCCUAGAAUUACAAGUUGUUGAACCUAGCCAAACGUCAACAAUUGAAGUAUCUACUGAAUACAAAACACCAGGACAUCUAUCGUCACCUCAGCUGAUUGAAAUCAUGUAUCAAGGGCAGAGUAAAGAGACGAAAUUCUACUUAAUCGUCAUUUGCAUAAAUGUUGCAACUUUCGCGGCAUUGGCCCUUCUCUUCAUCUUCGUAGCUCGAUGCAUGUUGUCCAAAUUCAAUGACAGAUCUUCACCAAGACCACCGUCCGUAUCAGCGAGGAAUUCUUUCGGUUGGUUCUUUGAUAAUUUCCGUCAAAAUGCCGAUAGUUCAUUACCUAGGAUAUUCUCCUCUGGAUCCGUUUCUUCUGGUCGUUCCAGCUUUACUAUAGCAUCCUUCAGGAGUUAUAUAUCCUCAUCAAACACAGCUUCUGGACUGUCAAGCAUAUAUGCGUCGCUCAGUUCUCAACGCAACAGCGACAGCCUUCCUGGUUCUCUUACGACGUUGCCUGAAAAGCACCAGACUACCCUCACAUCAGCAAUUUCCCAGGACACGAGCGUGGUAGUUGAUGUUACAAAAGGAACAUCUGGAAGCAAAAGCGAAGGAGGUGGAAGGCCUAGAAGCAGACCUAUAACCUGGCGUAUGAUACGAAACGCUUUCUGGAGUGGCUCAAUUAGGAAUUCAGCUGCAAGCAGUGUUAGGUCGGCCAGUAUUCAAGAGCGAGGUACAAGGUGGUCAAGGUGUAGUACGAGUAGUAAUGAUCUCCAGGAAUCGGGUUCUGUGAAUUCUGUGAAUGUGAGAUCGUCAGCCAUCUCAACUAAUGAACCUGUUGCAGCACUGUGGGUCACCAAGAGGAAUUCAUCACGUCCUGGUGUUGAGGAUGGAACCAUUGAAACCGAAGGCAUACGUGACUAUCCAAGGAAUCAGCAAGAAAUACCUUUUGCGGAACGUGAAGAUGGAUUACAAAUGAACCAACAUGCUGAAAGAAGAAUGACCCAUUCACAUUUCAAAGGUUUCAACCAGUCAGACUCAGGUUCUAAACUUCCAAGUGCAUCAUCAAACAGGCCAUUGCCGUCAAUACCGUAUCGGCGCAGAAUAUCAUCAACCGAACACGAUAGUUCAAAUCUAAGAACUCUAUCAGGGACAAUAGUUCCAGAAGAACAGCUGUACCAAGAUGUCGAGAAGAAAGUGACUCAUACUUAUUUUAAAGGUUUCAACCGAUCAAGUACAAGUUCUGAGCUUCCAAGUGACGCCGGCAAACAGAAAUUCACUUCCACCUCGACACAGACCUAAUGACAAAUCAAUCGAUGAAUCUAAUAACUUGCAUGGCUACAACAGAACGAUGGUUACCAUUUUAAAUGUUGUCGAACUGUUUGAGAGAAAGAACUUUUUUUUUACUUUAAGGGGCUAUUUCUUGAUAUAAUUUCUUUCAUGAUACUUAUA